CAGACGCGUCUCCUGCUGUUUGUCCCCUCUCCGCCUCCGUCUCUCCGGAGCGCCACCAUGCGCUCCUUCAACGCCACGCAGCGGAACCUCAGCGGGACCGCCAACCACUCCGACCCGUUCGGGCGCAACGAGGAGGUGGCCAAGCUGGAGAUCACGGUGCUGAGCCUGGCGUUCGCGGCGGCGGUGGCGGGGAACCUGAGCGUCCUGCUGGCCAUGCUGCGCAGCCGCAGAAAGCUGUCGCGCAUGCACCUGUUCAUGAAGCACCUGAGCCUGGCCGACCUGGUGGUCGCCUUCUUCCAGGUGCUGCCGCAGCUCUGCUGGGAGGUCACCUUCCGCUUCUACGGGCCGGACUUCCUGUGCCGCAUCGUGAAGCACCUGCAGGUUCUGGGCAUGUUCGCCUCCACCUACAUGAUGGUGAUGAUGACCGUGGACCGCUACGUGGCUAUCUGCCACCCGCUGCGCAGCCUGCAGCAGCCCACGCAGCGCGCCUACAUUAUGAUCAGCUGCAGCUGGGCGUGCAGCCUGUUGCUCAGCUCCCCGCAGUACUUCAUCUUCUCCCUCAGCGAGGUUCGGCCCGGUUCGGCAGUCUACGACUGCUGGGGUCACUUCGUGGAGCCGUGGGGGCUGCGCGCCUACAUCACCUGGAUCACGGCGGGGAUCUUCCUGGUUCCGGUGGCCGUGCUGGUGUUCUGCUACGGCUUCAUCUGCAGGACGAUCUGGAGGAACCUGAAGGGCAAGACGCGCAGGAAGAGCUCGGCGGCGGGCGGUUCGGCGGCGGGCGGCAGGUCCGGGAUCCUGGGCAGGAACUCCGUCAGCAGCGUCUCCACCAUCUCCCGCGCCAAAUUACGCACCGUCAAGAUGACUUUCGUGAUCGUGGUGGCUUACGUGGUUUGCUGGACUCCGUUCUUCACCGUUCAGAUGUGGUCCGUUUGGGACGAAACCUUCUCCUGGCACGACUCAGAGAACCCGGCGGUGACGCUGUCCGCCCUGCUGGCCAGCCUCAACAGCUGCUGCAACCCCUGGAUCUACAUGAUCUUCAGCGGCCACCUGCUGUCGGACUUCCUGGGCCUGCUGCCCUGCUGCCGCCGGCUGCGGGACCGGCUGCGGCAGCAGGACUCGGACAGCAGCAUCCGGCGCACCACGCUGCUGUCCCGCCUGCAGGCGCCGCGCCCGUCCGACCUCAACUUCACCUUCAAAAACUGUCCGCCGGCCACAGCGGCGUCCUGACUGCAGACACGCCCGACCGCCGACCUCAACCCAGGGAGCUAAAGGAGAGCUUGGUUCGGUCCAAACGGGGAACGUUCACUUCCUGCUGUGGGUUAAGCA